AUGGAAGGGGAGGAAAAACCAGAAGAAUCCUUCGCCGUAAAGCUGAAGUAUUACACUACCCUGACCUUGGGAACAACGGCAUGUCUCUCAUCCUUCAUCUUCAUGUUCUUGAUUCCGUGGAUACUGGAUCCAUCUAUAUCCACUCUCAUGGCUAACUUCGACCCAGAGCAGGUGUUGUGCAGGACAGUCAGAACAGAUCAUUUGGUGAGCAUGAAGAACUGUUCCUGGUCAUCGUGUAAGCACGGGUGCACCACGGACCAGUAUGAAUGUGACCAGAUCUAUGUGGACUACAUGCAUGUUCCCUAUAGCGAGUACGACGAAGAGAGCUUCGAGAUAGACGAAGAACUCUGGGUUGGACGUGGUGUUCCCCUUUUCAUCAACAUCAAGGCUUGUGGAUACCCGCCUCAAACUAACUGCUCAACCUUUGCCGACAAGCACGGUCCCGAGGGCUCUGUCUUCGCCUGCCAUUACUCCCGCGCUGACCCCAAUUUGGUCAUCACCGAAUACUCGUGGUGGAAGGAGGUCAACAGCAUCAUCUUGGCCCUCCUGAUUCCAAACGUCUUGUGUGGGUUCUCCCUCGGUCUGGUGACCUACUGGUGGUAUCCUGGGUGCCAGAAGAGGCGCUGUCAGUACCAGCUCCCGCCUGACCAAGAGGACGCGUCUUCUAACAAUGCUGACGACGAAGACGAUGAAGAGGGAGAACAGGAUGACGAAGGAGAUGGAGCAAAGAAGGGAGAUGAAAGUGACAUGAAGAACAGACCUCAAGAAGAAGAAAAGGACCGUGAUACAUCCAUCAGCAUGCCUGAAGAUGACUUGGAGAGUGUGACUACUGGAUAA